GUUUCUGCAGCAUCCUCUGUGGAUUUUUCCAGAGGUAUCUCAGUCUGAUAGGAUGUCCCCUCAUCACGUGACGGGAAGACAGAAUUUUCAGCUGAAAACGAGCUAGGAUAGUCGGGAAUCGCAUAUCCAGGAGUUAAUCCCGGUAUGGGGGACAUGAAGACCCCAGAUUUUGAUGACCUGUUGGCAGCUUUUGACAUUCCUGACAUAGAUGCCAAAGAGGCCAUCCAGUCUGCCCCAGAUGAGGCAGAGGGACCCCAUGGAGCGGCGGGGGCACCUUUGGGAAAGUCAGACAGCGUGGUGGGAUCAUCCUUGAGACCACCAAGCCCCACAGACCCCCAAGCGGACACCUCUAUCGUCAGUGUGAUUGUGAAAAAUAAAGUACGCCUGGAGCCUGCAGAUGGAGGAGAGGGAGACACUGACCAGGACCCUAUUGAUGUGAUAGCAGGGGUUGAUGUAGGCCCUAGACUCGGUGCAUGCGCCCCUGGGAUGGCUGAAUCUGAAGCUCUCAACCACAAUGGUUUUGGGGCGUCCGGUGCCUCCACGCCCCUUCCCCUUAGCCAGACCCAGUCGAACGGGGCGCCCUGGUCAAUGAACACCCCUAAAGUGUCCACAGAAGCAGCAGGCGCUGGUGCAGCCAAGCCUCACAAGCAGGGUGGAAACAUUUUCAACAGACUAAAACCGCUUGUGGCACAGGGGUCUGGAGAUCCAGUGGGUCGGGCGAGGAAGAUGCAGCUCCUACAACAGCAACACCAGCAGCAGCAGGAUACUGGUCAAGAGAGGGCAGACGGGGUCAAAGCAUCAUUACCGUCAUCUUCCUCUCUAUCAGCUGCGUCAUCUCCUCUGGCUGCUGGUGGACCUGUUGGACUAGCAUCGCCGUUCUUUCCACCUUCCAAGCCUCUGCUUCCCACUCCACCGUCUGCCCUUUCAUCACACCCGCUGCACUCUUCUCAGCCGUUUAACGGGGCCCCCAAAAGUGGCUCUGCAGGGUUUCAGCCACAGCAGAUGGAGGAGGAUGAUUCGGACCCUGAUUUGGGGAGUCCUCUGGUGAUCCAAGAGAACCCAGACUCCCCGACUUGCACUCAGCUGAGCCGACGCUUCAAGUCCGACUCUGUCUCAGCCCAGCCCACAUCCUCGACUGCGACUCACCCUAAACCUGGGGACACUCCUUCGGGGUCGUCUCAGACGUCAUCGACACCCCAGUCAGCCUCAACAGAGAGUCCCCAGCUGGAGGACCGGCAUCCAGAGCAUGUCAUAGAAGAGAGAGACUCACCAGAGAGUCCUGAACCAGAAAUGCCAAAAUCAACUACACAAGUAGCUGCUAAGAGGUGCGCCAGCCCUGCCGUGGCCUCCACUCCCCCGCUUUCUGAACUGCGGGAGCCCAAAGAGGAAGAGGAGGAGAUGGAGGUCGGGAAUGGGAUCGAGAAGGUUGUUGAUGGCAAAACUGACAAGGGAGAAAAUGCAAGAACAAGUGAGGAAAAGAUGGAGGUAGAUGACGGAAAGUCAAAACCUGUAACUGAUGGAGGACAAGCAGGCGUUGCUCCACCUGCUGCUGCAGGAGCUCCAUCUCGACCCUUGAAAGUCCGAAUAAAAACAAUAAAAACCUCCACAGGUGGAAUCACUAGAACUGUCACAAGGGUAGCACCUAAAAAUGGUGCCGCGGGGAAAGGGUUGGACUCUAAAUCUCAAACUGGGGAGCGUAAGGCGAUAGGAAGUAAGGCCCAAAAACUUGACUCUUCCUCCGGUCUGACAACAUCUUCUCAGAAAGUAAGUGCGCUGAACGCUCUGCCUGUGUCCACACUCGCAGCCAGCAGCGUCAUGCUAGCUGCUGCUACAAAAGUUCAGAACAAGAUGGCGGCAUCAGACAAGGCGAAGGUUUCUGCCACAGCCGUCAGCAUCACUAAAUCUGCUGCCCUGCCUGCGACCCCAGCUGUGGCCUCCUCUCCCAAGUUCUCGGUAGCUGCUGGUGGGAUCAGCGUACGUACAGCCACUAACAAGACAGCUAACGGAGGCGGCAGCACCAUCAUAGGUGGCACCCUCCAGCCAAACAAACCGGCCUCCAUCGUCAACAGCACAGGGGCAGUCAUAUCGCGCAGUCAGUCCAGCCUGGUGGAAGCUUUUAACAAGAUCCUGAACAGUAAAAACCUUCUGCCAAGCUACAAGCCGGACCUCUCGGCGCCUCCUCCGCCCGAGUGGGGCCUCCCGCUCCCGGCUACAGGGUACCGCUGCCUGGAGUGUGGGGAUGCUUUUGCUCUGGAGCGCAGCCUGGCCCGACACUACGACAGACGAUCGCUCCGCAUCGAGGUGACCUGCAACCACUGUGCUAAGAGGCUGGCCUUCUUUAACAAGUGCAGCCUGCUGCUGCACGCCCGGGAACACAAGGAGCGUGGGCUGGUCAUGCAGUGCUCACACCUGGUCAUGAGGCCUGUAACUGUGGAGCAGAUGAUCGGACAGCAGGACAUUACACCUAUUGGUGGCCUACUCUCCUCUUCGUCUUCCUCUCCUCCAGUCUCCUCUCCCUCCACCACCACCGCCGCCUCUUCCAACUCCAGCCCCAUGAAGGAUGCUUCAACUCCGGCUGCUUCAGCUCAGCCCCGAACGGUCCGCCGUGCCCCUCAGGGCCCCCAAGCUCUGAUGCCUCUGCCCUGCAAGAAGGCUGAAGGGCUACAGUACAACAACUUCAAAUGUCCAGAGUGCCAAGUGCAGUUCAACAGCAAGGCCGAGCUGGUCACUCACUUUCAGCAGAUCAGAGCGGCUCCCAACUCUACGUGUACACAGUGCUCACCUCCCAUGAUGCUGCCUAACUCGUGCGCUGUAUCCGCCCAUCAGAGAAUCCAUAAACACAGAGCGCCUCACGUCUGUCCUGAGUGUGGUGGGACCGCACGGCAGGCCAGCUUCCAGACCCACCUGGAGGAGGCCUGUCUGCACUUUGCAAGGCGCAUAGGAUACAGGUGCUCAAGCUGCCAGGUCGUGUUCGGAGGAUUGAACUCCAUCAAGUCCCACAUUCAGACUGCUCAUUGCGAGGUCUUCCACAAGUGCCCCAGCUGCCCGAUGGCCUUCAAGUCUUCCCCCAGUGCCCAGAGUCACAUUAGCACCCAACACCCGACGCUAACCGGAGGACAGGCCAAAAUGAUCUACAAGUGUGUAAUGUGUGAUACGGUUUUUACCCAAAAGCCCUUGCUGUACAUGCACUUUGACACUCAUUUAGCCAAACAGAAAGUGCACGUGUUUAAGUGUCCUGACUGCACCAAACUCUACGCCCAGAAAGGAUCCAUGAUGGAACACAUUAAGACCGCUCACAGAGGACCGUCGACCAAACAGAACGACUCUCAGUCCGAGUCCUCCAAUUCCACCUCCGCCCCAGCCAACACGUCCGGCCCCUCGGGCCUCAAAUCCAAAUCAUCUGGAAAACCUGACAAUUCCGACGGGGAGGACUGGGGCCGGGACCAGGAGGAAGAAGAAGAAGAGGAGGAAGAGGAUGAGGAUGACGACGGGGACGAGGACUACGAGGCUCCGGGGAGCAGCAAUCAACCGGCCCCUCAGACCGAGUGGACCUGCCCGCAGUGUCAGACAACCUUCACUGACAACGACGACUACCUGAGUCACGUGAAGACGGAGCACGGAAAGUUCCCCUGUCGUAUUUGUGGAGGCACUUUCAGCACGUCUUCCAGCCUGAGACGUCACGAGCGAGUCAUUCAUGAGGGCAACAAGAGAGUCUUCCAUUGCCAAUAUUGCACAGAAGGCAAGCGCACCUUUGGCAGUCGCUUCUUGCUGGACAAACACGUCCGGCUCCAUCACAGAACCUCAGACGGACAGGGUGCCCCCUUGACCAGGAAACGUGCAGCCACAGGUGGAGAGGGACCAGGCAGCUCCUCAGAACAGGAAGGGGAGGUGGGACCUUCUGUAGGCCGAGGAGGAGAGGAGGAGGAAAACGCCCCAGAGGAAGGCGAGGAGGGUGCAGGUCCUGCAAAGAGAACCAGGGGGUCCAGCACUUCGACGACGUUGGCACCAAACGAGCUGGAGGAGGAGGACAACAUAUUCCGCUGCGUCCCCUGCGGCUUCACCACCGAGGACGGGGCAGAAUUUCAGCGCCACAUCCCCCAACAUCGAGCAGACACCGCCUCCUUCCAGUGCCUGCAGUGCGGCGUCUGCUUCGCCUCCGCCGGCUCUCUAGGCAGGCACCGCUUUAUCGCUCACCGCGUUCGGGACACCCAGAGCGAGGCAGAUCGGGGCACCCCUCGUACCCACGGCUCUCCGGACGGCUCGCCCGCCGGCUCCCCUCAGGCGCAGGGGGAGGACGGAGACGGGAACCUGAGCUGCAAGGUGUGCGGGCGGCGUUUCGACAAGGCCUCGGACCUCAACACCCACUUCAGGACCCACGGCAUGGCCUUCCUCACCGCACACAAGACGGACAAGCCUCAGUAGAGAGGAGGGUGCGGGGUCCUCUGAGACUGACAGGUCAUCUCCAAGAGAGAGUCGAGAGGCUGCAGAAGAUGAAUGUUUAUCCUGAGAUGAAACACAGCUGCUCCCUGUGCAGUUUUUUUAGCCACCAGAAACCGUUUUACUGAAUUUAUGGCACCUUUUACUGUGCAAUCGUUAUCGCAUGUUUGAUCAUGUUACAGAACUGUGAUAGACUCUUUGAGUGGCAAGGCUCUCAAACGCGCCCCUGCAGAGUAAAGCAUUUAUAUAUCAGCCAUACUGCGUCUAAAGCAUCUUGUCCUCUCAUUUCAGUCACUCUGCACUGCCUGCAGCCGCUUGCCUGUUUCAUCAUGUAACACUCUAAAAAACACACACCUCCCACCGUACUCCCCACAGCUGUAGUGCAGAUAUUUUUCUACUUCACCUCGUUCUCUGUAUUCAUACUCGUUUGCCUCAAAUCCAUGCUAGUUUCCCCAGCAUGAGGUCACUUUUAACAGCUUUUAAAACAGACCUCAAGCUGAGACAAGGAGAGCGUGUGAAGGGGAGUGUUUAGAGAAUCUGACACUGAUUUUUAUGUUGCUAUAAUAUUUAUUUAUACGAAACACGUCACUGCUGUUGGUGUUUGUGUGACGACUAACCUGCAACAGAAACAUGAGAUGAGACUCUCUGAAGGUGGAUCAGUAAGAGAUGAGGUUACAGGCGGUGUGUAACCUGUGUUGUGUGAAUAAUGUGUGAUGUUGUUAAUUGUUAAGCUAGAAGAAGAGAGGUCAGGCUUCCUGCCAGUAGUAAAUGUGUACGAGUUUUGCCUUGUAAAUACAUAUAAUGACACUAAAAGAAAGCGUUCUGGUUUUAGUAACUUGCUAUGAUAAUGUGAAUACGUAAAGUAUUUGUACUUGUACUGUUCCCUUUUUUUUUUUUUUCAAACGAUUUGAAGUCUAAAAGAAAAAAGAUCCCCCACACACAGAGGUAGCUAUACAUUGUAAUUACAGAGCAGAGUGUGGGGUCGUGUUGUCUUAAUGUGUAUGAAUACAAAUGUUUAUCUCUUUGAGACGGUUCUUUUUUAUCGACAGAAUCAGUGCUUGCUGUUCUCACAUUUCUUUUAUAUGUUUCAGAAGCAGCCUUCAUGGUCACGUGAUGGAGGCCAACGAGUGGAUUUAUUUUGUUUGUAUCUUUUAUAUGUCAUGAUAUCAUAUUUAUAUAGCUCAAUAGUGGAAAAAUUACAUGUCAUUUUCUUUUCCAUGGUUGUGGUCUGCUUGCUGAAAUGCCAUACACUUUUGUGCUGUUUCGAAAUAAAUGUGUAAAAGAGA